AUGGAGAUUCCACCCUUAGGGCAAGAGCAUAAUGAGUACUCCAGCAAAGGCAUGGCUGCGUACCGAGCGCCCAACCUCUCGCAGCCACACAAAGCUCGCCAGGCUAUCGAGGAUGCCUACGCGGGCCGCAUCCCCCCACUGAUAGGCAUAUUCUGUGUCCUGGCUUCUCGAUCCGUCACUCAAAUAGUCGCUCAGCUCGGAUUUGACUUCGUAUGGGUUGAGUGGGAGCAUGCGAGUAUGUCUGUGGAAACUAUGACUCAGAUAGUACAGGAUAUCCAGUUCGUGAGUGAAGGAAAGAGUGCGGCGUUGGUCAGAGUGCCGGAAGCGAGCCGUGCGGCUAUAGGAUAUGCGCUAGACGCGGGGGCGAGUGUCGUCAUUCCGCAGGUCGAAACUUUGGAGCAAGCUCGACACAUCGUCUCAGCCGCACGAUUUGGAGUCCGCAACAAUGGGAAGCGGUCUGCUCCGCCGGGACGCUGGAUUCCCGGUGUCUCCAUGCAAUGCUGCGAUCCCGACCUCUCGUUUUGGGAGAACCAAAACAAACAAGCGGCCGUGAUCAUCCAAAUCGAAUCGGUGGAAGGGAUCAAGAACCUGGAUGCAAUUCUGUCGGCUGUUGGCGAGCAUAUCGACUCUGUGUGGCUCGGUAGCUUGGAUCUUCGUGUCUCCAUGGGAUUGCCGGGAUUUUGGGGUGAAGAGCCGGAAUGGGUGGAGGCUAUCGACAUGCUUCAACAUACCCUGAAGAAACACGACAAGCCAUAUUCGGGCCUGGCAACUGGAGAUGACGAAUGGCUGAAGCUUCGCGGAGAAGGAAGGUCACUGAUGUUCACUUCUUCGGAUUUGGAAGCUGUACUGCGCACUCGAGAGGAGCUCCAGCAUGUCAGAGGUCUCUUUCCCAAGAAGAACUAUUCGAGUCUCGGAAAGGCAACCUAA